ACACCACUUUCAAAUUUAUCAACAUUUAUUUAGUUCUUGAAGUAAUCAUAUUCAUUUCUCUAGUGCUACUUCCAAGUUUCUCUCACUCUAUCACUUUAUUCUACGACCACCCAUCUUUGUUUCUUUAUCCUCUUGUCCCAUUUCCAACAUAUGCUAUUUCUUAGCUCCAUUUAUCAAUCUUGACUCCGUCAUAUUCAUGUUAAUAAUCAGAUUGGCUCCAUUAUAUUCAGAAUUUUCUGAUAAUUCUCCACUUUUCAUUUUGCAUGAUUAUCUUCAUGACUGUAGCAUCAUUUACAGACAUAUAUUUUCUUUGGUCAUUUAGCAUAUAAUUUACAUAAAAUGAUAUACAAAAUUAGAGCUAGUGUGUGUGUGUGUGUGUGUGUGUGUAUGUGUGUGUGCAGUUGAUAAAGACAUGCUGUUGCUACAAUGAGACAGAUCAUUUGUUGUGGGGGCUGUUGAACCACACUUAACAAGCUGAGGGAAGUGUAAAAUAUGUGGUCAUUUAUAUAUUUUGGUUGUGUGCAAGUACUGUGAGACAAGUCAUAAAGGUUCACAUGACUGCUGUACUGACAGGUGUGACCCUUUUAUUCAGUGUGGAGCCUGCAGGGGCUGACAGAUGAUAUGGAGUGUUUAAGUCACUAUAACAGCAGUUUUGUUUUGUAUCUGAUGAAAUUUUUAAGGAUGCUAAUGAAGGUCAGUAUUGACUUUUUUUUAAGGAGGCAAGAUAAAAGAUAUUUUGUAGCUUUAUUCAUCCAUAUACAGUAUAUACAGUAUUAGUAACAAGGGGAACCCACCAACCUCCUUGUAAUCUCCUAAAUUUCAUUUUCAUCUUCCUUUUUCCAUUCUCCCUUUAUUGCAUAUUUUCAGAAGUUCUUAUAUCCUUACCCACUGUCUUUUUUCUCUUCACCUCCCCUUCCCUUCUGUUCCAUUCCCUGGUGAUGGCACAGAAUUAUCAACAACAAGCUUUUGACGGCUGAGGAUGAAGCCCGAAUCAACCAGGUACAGGCCAGGUCAUUAGCAGCAGGCAUGGCCGCCGUGCCCCGCCAAGCCCGGGUGUUGAACCUGAGACCAAGCCAGAGUGAGGGCAGUGUCAUUCCUCCUGUCCACUACCCCAACUUCUACUCCCAACACUACCACAGCAAUGAGCGGUCUGGUGUGGUGGCUGAGGAUUCUUUUGAAGAGGACAAUGCUUCUGCUUCAUCUGAGCAGGUCAGAAGGUGGAUAGCAGCAGUACUAGUAGCAGACUGGUGUUACCUUGAUGCUACUGCUACAUUGCAUUAUUUGCAUAGUUUUUUCAGUUGUCAUGGACUUUGUGUAAUAUGUAUAAAAGUAUAUGAAGCUCAAGAAACUUGUUGAUAAGGUUUAUGUUCAGC